AUGCCUAGCAGAGAAAUUAUUCAGAUACACAUCGGACAAGCAGGAGUUCAAAUAGCUAACGCAUGCUGGGAGUUGUACUGCCUGGAGCAUGGAAUCCGAACCGACGGCACCCUCGUCGAGAGCGUCAGAUCGGACGACAGUUACAGUCCGUUCUUCAGCAUUUCCGGUGUAGGGCAAGCUGUCCCUAGAGUGGUGAUGAUCGACCUGGAACCCACAGUCAUAGACGAAAUCCGCACUGGUUAUUACCGCCGUUUAUUCCAUCCCGACCAACUGCUAAAUGGAAAGGAAGACGCGGCUAAUAACUACGCCAGAGGUAUGUACGGAAUAGGUACAGAAAUGAUAGAUCUAGCUCUAGACAGAACGAGGCUUGUAGCAGACGCUUGUCACAGCUUGCAAGGGUUCAUUCUCUUCAAAGCUUUCGGUGGCGGGACUGGCUCCGGUUUCACCAGUCUCUUCCUUGAAAGGCUCAGCACGGACUACAAGAAAAUAAGCAUCCUCGAAUUCGCUGUGUAUCCUUCACCAAGAAUCUCCCCUAUAAUAGUAGAACCCUACAACGCGGUUCUAACAACGAACAGUUGCAUCGAAAACGAAGACGUAUGUUUCGUCAUGGACAACGAAGCUGUUUACGAUAUCCUCUUGAGGAACUUGGAUACCCCUCGUCCUACCUACACCAACCUCAACAGACUCCUUGGGCAGGUGGUUUCCGCCGUUACCGCUUCUUUGAGGUUUGAGGGCGCCGUAAACGUGGACCUAGCGGAAUUCCAAACCAAUCUCGUGCCUUACCCUCGAAUACACUUCCCUCUGAUAACCUACGCGCCUUUUGUGCCUGCCUCCAAAGCUUAUCACGAGCAGCUAUCGGUGGCCCAACUUACUAACUCCUGCUUUGAGCCAGCUCAACAAAUGGUGAAAUGUGAUCCCAGACAUGGUAAAUACAUGUCGUGUUGUUUGCUGUACCGUGGAGACGUCACCCCAACGGAUAUAAACAAUGCCAUUAUGAACAUCAAGAGUAAGCGUUCUAUAUCAUUCGUUGACUGGUGUCCAACAGGGUUUAAAAUUGGCAUCAACUACCAACCUCCCACCACCGUCCCAGGGGGUGACUUAGCAGCCGUGAGACGAGCUGUGACGAUGCUCUCCAACAGUACCGCCAUCAGGGAAGCUUGGGAACGACUGCUGAGGAAGUUCAAAUUGAUGUAUUCGAAAAGGGCCUUUGUCCACCACUACGUGGGUGAGGGGAUGGAAGAGGGAGAGUUUCAAGACGCCAAGGAGAAUUUGGAAGCCUUGAUUCUGGAUUAUAAAGAAGUCGAUAAUGACUGA